GAACGAAUAACACGUGGUUUUAUUGUUACUGAAUCUUGAAUAAAAACUCAAAAAUUUGUGUCCCAGUAUCUUUUUUGUCGAAAGUUACGUCAAAAAUGGGCAAAAGAGGUAAGAAUCCAGGUGCCGUAGAUCAAUGGUUAGAUACAUUGGGAUUGUACAGAAAAAAUGUAGCCUACGAUGAAACGUGUUUGUUUCGAGCAAUAAGCGAGCAACUACAUGACUGCCAAGUUCACCACGAGAGAGUUCGAAGGGACUGUUUAACGUUUGCCAGGCAAUACUAUAAGGAAUUAUCUGGUGAUUUCGAUUCUCCUGAAAAAUUCUUAGACCAUCUCGACAAAUUAGAAAAACACAUGGUUAUUUGUGGCAAUAUUGAACUCAAAAUUAUCAGUGCACGCUAUAAUCGAGGUGUUACAAUUUUUGAUGCGGCUAGUCAAAAAAUUUACAACUUGUCAGACGAAAAAUUUGAUAAGUCCUUUUUGUUAUGUAUCAUGGACAGAGAUCAUUAUGAUGUAGUAUAUAAUAAGGACCAUAUAUUGACGGCAGGUUUCUGUCAAUCUAUAGUAUAUAAAAUUCUUUACGAAGAUAUUUUUGGAAUUCAAAAUGUCGAUGACAUAGUUCACAAUAUGUUAUAUGAUAAAGGAAAUAUAAUUACUCAAGCGGAAUUAAUGAUGGAGAAAAAGAGGAUUAUCAAAGAAUCUGAAACCGAAGACUUAACAAACGAAGAAUUAGACGAAAAACUAUUUAAUAUUAACCCAAUUGCCAGUAUUGCACCUUUUCCGUUCAAGAUUGCGAAGGCUCUAGAUCCCAAUAUCUAUAGGAACAUUGAGUAUGACUCAUGGGGCGAGACAAGAAGAGAAUUACGCCUAGGGGAAUGGUAUUAUGGAGACGACAAACUUAUUCUGGGUACAAAAUGUAUUUUUAACGAUAUGAAUGGAGAUGAAAAAUAUGAAUGCUAUAUUCAGGAAAUGAUUAAAGACCAAAACCAAUGUGUUGUUUACAUCACAAAAUUAGCCCAGAAGCGUACCGUUAAUUAUACUGAUUUAUCUCCAGAAGAUGAUGCUAAACCUUGGCCGUUACCGUACAGGUUCUCAAAAAGCGUUGUCAUCACUCCUACUAGUCCCACAUCGGAUAGAAAUAAUUCUAAAACAAAAAAGAGAAACACUAAAGAAAAGAAGAGAACUAAAAGUGAGAGCAGUGUAAUGUCUGCCGGAGCUGUAGUGAAGCAUGAACCAAUUGAAAACAUAGAGGCAUACGUAGGAAUUCCCUUGCAAAUGCAAAGUCAAAAUACUACAGAGAAUAUCAGCUUCACUCAAACAGAACCAUUAUCCGAGGGUAUAGGUGAACUAACUGGUUCUCAAGACGUGGUUGCUACUAUUGAAAGGGAAAAUGAAACUUCAGACAAUGCAACUUGGUGUCAAAGCGGAUAUCAUUGGCCACAAUAUAUGACUCCGGCUGGUGAUCCGUUCAUUUGGCCUACACAUUCUGAUCAUAACCAAAGUAUGUACAAUUAUAACAUGAAACCCAUGGUAGCCUCUGCCCCUGUUACUCCCAGUGUUAUACCUUAUCACGAUGUAAAUUAUCCAUACUAUUACAACUAUCACGUAGAAGCCACCCAAAGUUAUCCACAGUGGUCAUCUCCGCCUUUUGAGUUACAAGCUCCUCCACCACCAAAGAAUCAACAAAAAGUGCAAGAACAAGAAAAUAUAGAAGUUCUUCAAAACUACCACGAAACGCCACAACACAUGCUUAAGGUUGAAGUAAAUAACAACUGUGAUCCUAAAAUGACAGAUUCACGAUUGUCAGAGAAUCUCAUGGUUAAUUAUGUACAACAACCAGAAACGCCGAUUGCGACAGAGAGGCCUGUAGUUAAUUAUGCCGCACAAGGGGAAAUGGGUGUUUAUGCACAACAUGGUAAUCCUUGUACUCCAGUGGAAAUGUAUCCGACGAUGUCACCUGUUUUACAGAUGCCUCAGAUGCCACCAGGUACUCCUAUAUUGUAUUCAUCAACAACAGCCUUAACGCCGGAAAUCACUGAAGUAUUGGUUCCAACGACUCCUGUAAUAUAUACUCCAUCUGUAGAAGUUUCAUAUGUACAGCCAACACAUUAUAUUUAUCCACCUACACCACCUCCCUCAUGGUAUGCUUCUCCUGUGACAACUCAAGGAUUUAUUUUUCCUCAAAGGCCAUAGGAAUUUCAAAAUGCAAGUUGAAUCAGUUUGUUAAACAAAUUGGUCUUGUGUCUUUACUUAUAGGCACGGGAAAUAAUUUUGAUAGUAUUUUAGUAAUAAUAAACAUAUAUGUUGUUAAACGAAAAACUGUUAACAGUAUUAAC